UGAAACAUCUAAUGUCAAAUUAGCGAAAGUAUAAGUCAAAAUUUUAAGUUAAAAAUGUUAUCCACCAAAUACUCAAAUAUUCCAGAAGAAUUUUGUAGAAUAAGAACACAGAAACCUAGAAUACGUGAGAAAAUAAAUUACAAGAAAUGGUUAACAGCAAACGAUAGGCAAGACGCAAUUUUAUUGCAAGAAGAAAAAAUGCGUGAAUUACGUGAAUUGAAGAGAAAAAUAGGCGAAGACUUUUUCAAAGUAAAAGAAUCAGCUUUGAAUUAUAAAGCAACCAAACGAAUAAGAGACUUGGCGCAACCAAAAGCCCAUGCUAAAAAAGUUACAGAAGCCACUACGAAAAAUUCUCACGUUAAACCAACAGCAUUAAGAUAUAUGCCAACUAAACGAAUAUUGGAACUGGCGAGACCAAAAGAAAAUUACAUUUCGAGAAGACCAGAUUCUUUCUAGUCAUUUUUGAAUUGAUUUAACUAAUUCAUAUUUUCAAACAGAUUUUUUUUUCUUAGGAAAUGUUUCAUACCUACAACGUAACCAAUUUUUUUAUAAUUAACAAUUAAAAUCAAUUUACAAAAA